CCACCACCUCUCGCCUAGACACUGAUUGAUUGCGGUACAUUGCGGUACAUUGCGCUCGAGGGGAAAAAGAAACUGAGGCCGCUGCACCAUGACUUCGUCCAUCGACGAGUCCCACCGGGUCGGCGAUGAGGGCAGCGUCCAAGGCGUGUGGAAGGCCGUGGCCAAGGUGAUUCCAUACUUUCGCAAACCAAGACACGUCCUGCUAUUCAAGCUCGACGUGAUGCUCCUCUUCUGGAUGUUUGUCGCUGGUCUCAUCAAGGAGCUUGACCAGACGGCCACCACGCAGGCCUACGUCUCCGGCAUGCGUGAGGACCUCAAGCUCUACGGCAACGAGCUCGUCGAGUUCAACACCUACUUCUCCAUCGGCUACGCCAUUGGUCUCGUGCCCGGCCAGCUCAUCCAGACAAAGGUCCGGCCGUCCCUCUUCCUGCCCUUCUGCGAGGUGACAUGGGGUCUCCUCGUGCUCUUCACGUACAAGGCCCCCAAUGCGCAGACCAUCUUCGCCCUGCGCUUCUUCCUCGGCCUCCUCGCCGCCUCCUUCUGGCCCAGCGUCGUCGCCCUCAUCUUCAACUGGUACACCCCCAAGGAGCUCGCCAUCCGCCUCGCCAUCUUCAACGUCUCCGACGUCGCGGGCGCCAUGUUCCUCGGCGUCGUCCAGGCCGCCCUCUACCGCAACAUGAACGGCGUCCACGGUGUCGCCGGCUGGCAGUGGCUCUUUGUCAUCGCCGGCGCCAUCACCAUCGGCCAGGGUCUCGUCGCCUUUGUCGCCAUCCCCGACUCCCCCGCCAUCACACGCGCCCUCUGGCUCACCGAGGACGAGAAGAGGCUCAGCAGGGCGCGCAUGGGUGACGCCGGCACCACCACGUCCCGCCUCAUCCCCUGGCCCGUCCUGCGCCACAAGCUUCGCCGCCUCGUCGCCCAUCCCGUCACCUACCUCGUCAUGGUCUCCUUCGCCCUCAGCGCCUGGGCCCACCGCGCCAACGCCUACUUUGUCCUCUACCUCGAGAGCAUCAAGGACCCCGACGGCACCCUGCGCUACAGCACCUACCAGGUCAACAUCCUGCCCCUCGGCGGCUACACCCUCCAGAUCGUCACCAGCGUCGGCCUUAACGCCCUCUCCGACUGGAAGCACUGGCGCUGGCAGGUCAGCGUCGCCUCCAACGCCGCUUCCGCCCUCUUCCUCGCCAUCCUCAGCGGCUGGCCCGCCAACGACAAGGUUGUCCUCGCCGUCUACUUUUUGACCUACGGCACCAACGCCGGGAACCCCUCUCUCAUGGCCUGGAUGGCCGAGAUUAUGCGCAAGGAGCCCGAGGCUAGGUCCAUCAUCGUCGCCAUGACCGUCACCCUCGUCUACGUCGGCCACGCUACCAUCCCCCUCGGCGCCUGGCGCGUCGAGGACGCGCCCCGGUACCCCAUUGGCUUUCCGCUCGCCACCACCAUGGCCGCUGUCACCAUCUUCACCCAGCUGGGGCUGCUGUGGUGGCAUCGACGCCACCCCGAGAUUGCGGAGGCUGGCUUUGACGGUGAUGCGGUCCAGACGGCCGGGCAGAGGUCGGAUGAGGAGACGCCCCCGUCGUUGGGGGGCGACAUGCUCGAGCAGGAUGUCGGCAAAAAGGCUCCCGAGGCGAAGCAUGCCGUUGCACGCACCCAAGGCAUAGACUCUGGCGCUUCAAACUGAGUUGAGGCGGGCCGAUGGACCGUGCCAAAUUACAUGUUUGACUUUAAGCCAUAGUGUGCGCUCUUUCUUCUCUUAUCUUCGUCCGACGAUAUCGGACCUGUUAGUCACUUGCUCGCCUGGGAAAUGUUGAUUGUGAACCUUGAGAAACAAGUUGAUGAUACGCUAAUG